AUGUCAUUUUACGACGAAAUUGAGUUGGAAGAUUUUACUUUUGACGCUGAUUUCAAUUUGUAUACUUUUCCUUGUCCAUGUGGAGAUCGCUUCGAAAUCAGCUUGGAUGAUCUUCGUUCAGGAGAAGACGUUGCUCGUUGUCCCAGCUGUAGCUUGAUUGUUCGCGUUGUUUACGAUGAGGACGAGUUUCUUGAAGUAGAAGAAGAUGAAAAUGCAUCUGCUCCUGUCAUCAUUGCUGCUUAA